AAAUCACACACACACACACACACCUGAUAUAUUGAUUCAUUGUUCCAUCAAACAAGCCUCGUUUUGGAGAGAGAGAGAGAGAGAGAGCAAUAAGAACAUGGCGAAAAAUCCUGAUUGUUCAGAUUCAGACCCACUCAGGUGGGGGGAGGCAGCAGAUUCACACAAGGGAAGUCACUUGGAGGAAGUGAGAGCCAUGGUGGCCGACUACCAGAGGGCCACCGUACAUCUAAGUGGCACGAGGCGGCUGUCGAUUUCGCAGGUGGCGGCGGUGGCUAAUCGGAGCUCCGAUGUCGUGAAGGUGGUGCUAUCGGAGUCGGCUAGGGCCGGCGUGAAGGCGAGCAGUGAUUGGAUAAUUGAAAGCGUCAAGAGUGGGACUCCAAUUUAUGGUGUGACUACAGGCUUUGGUGCUUCUUCUAACAAGCGAACUGACCAAGUCGCUGCUCUUCAAAAGGAGAUGGUCAGAUUCUUAAACUGUGCAAUAUUCGACAAGGGAAAAGAUAUAUGGCACACUCUGCCUCAAGCAGCAAGCAGAGCAGCGAUGCUUGUGAGAGUGAACACAUUGCUUCAAGGCUACUCAGGCAUUCGAUUUGAGAUCUUAGAAGCUAUCACCAAACUUCUCAACCACAACGUCACUCCUUGUUUGCCUCUCCGUGGCACCGUUACCGCUUCCGGCGAUCUCAUCCCUCUUUCUUAUAUUCUCUCUCUCCUUGUUGGUCGCCCUAAUUCCCAAGCCAUUGGACCUUCCGGAGAGUUUCUCACUCCCAAGCAAGCUUUCCUUCUUGCCGGCAUCAAUACUAACCACAACGCAGGCAUUAAUACUAAUAAAUCAUCAAGUGAUGAGAGAGAUACAGUCAGGUUCUUUGAAUUGCAGCCAAAGGAAGGCCUUGCUCUUGUGAAUGGCACAGCCGUUGGUUCUGGAUUGGCUUCCAUGGUGCUUUUUGAGGCAAAUAUUUUAGCUUUAUUGUCAGAAGUUUCAUCCGCCGUUUUUGCUGAAGUAAUGCAUGCGAAACCAGAAUUCACUCACCAAAUGAUUCACAAUCUCAAGCACCAUCCUGGUCAGAUUGAAGCUGCUGCAAUUAUGGAACACAUUUUAGAUGGAAGCUCUUAUGUGAAUGAUCAAUCCCUUAGAUCACAAAAGCCUAAGAAGGAACGAUAUGCUCUUAUUACUUCUCCUCAAUGGCUAGGUCCACAGAUUGAAGUCAUCAGAUAUUCCACAAAGUCCAUUGAAAGAGAGAUAAACUCUGUGAACGACAAUCCUUUGAUUGUCGUUUCACAUAACAAGGCUUUCCAUGGUGGUAAUUUCCAAGGCACGCCCAUUGGAGUUUCCAUGGAUAACGUGCGUUUAGCUGUAGCUUCCAUCGGCAAGCUCGUCUUUGCACAGUUCACUGAACUCGUAAACGACAUGUACAACAACGGGUUGCCAUCUAAUCUCUCUGCUUCUAGAAACCCUAGUUUGGAUUAUGGUUUUAAAGCAUCUGAAGUUGCAAUGGCUUCUUACUGUUCUGAACUUCAGUUCUUGGCAAAUCCAGUGACGAGUCAUGUUCAAAGUGCAGAACAUCACAACCAAGAUGUGAACUCUUUGGGUUUGAUUUCUGCGAGAAAAACUAGUGAGGCUGUUGGGAUCUUGAAGCUCAUGUGCUCAACUUAUUUGGCUGCACUAUGUCAAGCCAUUGAUCUGAGACACUUGGAAGAAAUCUUCAUUGUUACAGUCAAAAACACUAUAAGCCGAGUUACAAAGAAGACAAACCCAUUUUGUGAUGAAGAAGAUUUACUCAAAGUGGUUGAUAAUGAGUAUGUCUUUUCCUACAUUGACGAUCCCUUCAAUGCUUCAUACCCCUUGAUGCCAAAACUUAAACAAGUUCUUUAUGAGAAAGCACACAAGAACGCUGUGAAAGAGAGGAACAAUAACAGUGCUGCAGUAUUUGAGAAAAUUGAGUAUUUUGAGAAUGAGUUGAGGCUUGUUUUGCCGAAGGAAAUUGAAAGAGCAAGGGUUGGUUAUGAGAAUGGUGAACCAGAGAUUCCAAAUAGAAUUAAGGAGUGUAGGUCAUACCCACUAUACAAGUUUGUGAGGGAAGAUUUAAAGACUGGGUUGCUUACUGGGGAAAAGAUCAAGUCACCAGAUGAGGACUUUGAUAAAGUGUUCAAGGCAAUUUGUGAUGCAAGGAUUGUUGAUCCAAUUUUGGAGUGCCUUGCAGAUUGGAAAGGAGUUCCGAUUUCAAUGUGACAAUGCUUUUUCUUUCUAGGUAUACCCAUAACCAGCAAUCUGACUGUUAUUCAAAGGGUUCUCUUCUCUCUAAUGCUUUCCAUACACAAUUUUACAAAGCGAACCUUGGAAUGAUGUUCAAGGAACUCGGACUGCUAGGGACAAAUUUAGCUACUUGCUUCCAUUAUAAUGUUGUUUUACUUUUUGGCCCCUUAUAGGUUCAGUUCUAGAUCUGUCUUUGCAAAACACUACCAUCCGUGUCACAUCCACUACUCUGUGUUUGUGGUUUGCAUGAAAUAAAUCACUUGGUGGUAUAUUUUUCUGGUGU